ACGAAGAACCGUCGAGCCGAGGCGGGCGGGCUGCUGAGCGUCAUAGAGCGAGGCGAGGUGCAGGAUCGCAGUGCUACGGGGUGCAGCGAGGAGCGGAGCGGGGCGGGACGUCGAAUUGUGCCAUGGCGGACCAUCUACUUCAGGAAGUAGAGAUGCACGGCCAAAAGCCUGUGAAUGGAGGGGCUCCCUUGCCCCAAGUGCUAGCCCCUGCGGACGGGAGAGAGGUGACGGUCGACGAGCUGGUCGACUGGAUUAAGCGCGACAAGAGCUGGAUCGAGGAGCACCUGCUUCACAGCGGCGCGGUGCUCAUCCGCGGGUGCGAUGUCAAAGAUGCCAAGGACUUCAACACCGUCGUCGAGGCUUUCGGGUACGAAGAGCGGCUGAGGCCUGGCGGAGGAGGCCUGGCGCCACGCACGCAAGUAAUCGGCAGAAUCUACACUGCCAACGAAGCUCCUCCCCAUGUCUACAUACCUUUCCACCACGAGAUGGCACAGCCACCCACAGCUCCCUCGAAGUUGUUCUUCUUCUGUGAGCUGGCACCGACGAAAGGUGGCGAGACUCCUCUGUUAUGGAGCAAUUCCGUCGUGAGACGCUUGCAGCAGGAGUGCCCUGAUUUCCUGCAGCAGCUGGACGAGAAGGGUUUAAUAUACCAAUUGUACUUCGGGGACGAAGAUUUAUCUGAGUCUUACAUCCAACGCAGCUGGAAAACUCUGUACAAAGUGAACGACCGAAAAGAACUCGAGGACAAGCUUGCAAAGAUGGGCGGAGACUCGAGAGUUGAAUGGAUUGAAGGACAUGGAGUCAAGACGAUCUACGGUCCACUCCCUGCCUUGAAGUGGGACGAGCAGCGGCAACAGAAUGUUUUUUUCAACUACAUGGUAAUGAAGUACUUCACCGAGUACCCUGUUCUCGAGUGUGACAAGGAGGUAGCGGCUUUCGACAACGUAAUGUUCGGAGAUGGCUCACCACUCCCGCGAGAGCAGGUUUUGGACUGUCAGAGAAUCAUGGCCGAGGAAAUGGUCGAGUUCAAGUGGGAACGAGGAGACGUGAUACUCAUUGACAAUGUGGCUGUGCAACAUUCUAAAAAUCCCUGCUUCUCUCCUCGUCGGAUCCUGGCUUCUCUUGUAGUGUAAAUAUCGAGUACCGAGUCUAUAACUAAGAUCUGCCCUCCAGUACUCAGUAUCUGCGUCUCUCGACUCUUUCUUGUAUUGCCUCAAUUCUGUUAUGGUAUCAUAACAGCGCCACGCACUUGUUAAAAUAGGACACAGCGCCAGCCUUAGAAUAGGACAUCGUAGUAUUAUAAGGGGAUUGUCCUAUUUUAAAGAGGGGGAUUGUCCUAUUUUAAAGAGGCCGGUUAUACAGCGCAAUCCUAGAUGCUGUAAGUCAGUUUGCAAAUGGCACUUGAUACUCCUCA